UUUUUGUUGCAGAACCCUUUAUUAUCCCCGGUUAUUGCUGCAGAAAAGACAGUUUUAGGACAACCAAAUAACCCUCUUCCUUCAAGAUCUGUUCACAUCAAUGCUCUGAAGAACACACCUGAAUUUGAUGUUUUGGUGAUCGGUGGUGGCGCUUCUGGUUGUGGAGUAGCUCUUGAUGCUGUGACCAGGGGUAAACAAGAAUUUAUUUUAAAAUAUAUAGUAAAAAAUCCAUUUGGCCAGGUAUCUGUUCAGUUAUAGAUCACAGAUGGGGUCUCCCUGCGGAGCAAUCUCUGUUGAGCAUGCAAAGCAUGUUGCUAGGACAUAGAUUCGAACCGAGGCCAAGGUGUAAUUGCUACAGAGGGCUUGGUUAUAAUCAUUUAUUUAUUUAUAAAUGGAUGCUCAUGCUAAAAAAAAGAAAACAGUUUGAUGAGAGAGAAUAAGAUUGACUAGUCCAGAGGUUUUGUUUGUGGUGACCUCCAAGGUUUGAUGUGAUUCAGGCAGAGCCUCAUUUUUCCUCCUCACUCAAGAAUACAAAGUUGAAGGCAUGUGUGGCUGAGUGGUUAACACCUCGAACUCCAGAUCUGGAGGUCUGGGGUUCAAGCCUCACCCAUCGCAUUGUUUCCUUAGACAAGGAACUUUACUCCACUUUGUCUCUCUUCACCCAGGUGUAUAAUUGGGUACCGGUGACAAACUGCUGGGGGGUAACCCUGUGAUGGAGUAGCAUCCCUUUCGGGGGGAGUAGCAAUACUCCUAGGUAAUUAAUGUUAAUGAAACUGAGAUAAGCUCCACCAGGUUGGGCCUUUGGCUUGUGUGUGCCUUUACCAUUUUUUUUACCAAGAAUACAAAAGGAGGCUCUGCUUGUAGAUUAUGUGAGAUAGCAUUAAAAUUAUUCUGGUUUAAUUGGGAACAAAAAAGUGGCCAAUGGCAGCUCAGUCAUCUUUCUUUGUAAAGAGGCUAUCAUAAUUCUGGUUUUGUACUAGUCUGGCAUCAGUAAAAGUAGUUUAAUUUUUAAUUCUUUUUCCAUUCUUAAUGCCUAUUAUUAACACUCCAUUGUGGCUCCUUCCAUGAAUGCUACAAUGCAUGUACAUCAUUUUGCACUCUUGAAUGAUGAUGAUGAUGAUGGUGAUGAUGAUGAUGAUGAUGAUGAUGUUGGUGGUGGUGAUAAGAAAUGAUAAUAAUGGGUGAUUUUGAUUGAUUUAUAGGCCUGAGCACAGCUUUGGUGGAAAGGGAUGAUUUUGCAUCUGGAACUAGCAGUCGUAGUACCAAACUAAUUCAUGGAGGGGUGCGUUAUCUACAGAAAGCCAUUAUGCAAUUGGAUAGGGAACAGGUAAUCUCCUUGUUAAGUGCAAAAAGAGACUUCCAUUGAAUUAUGUAAUAAAAGAAAUUUUCAAUUUUUAUUUUAUUUGCAGCAUUUUUUGCACCAGUUUUUUUAUUAAAGAUAUACCCAAUGUAAGUUAUUUCUUUUGUUUUGUGUUGACAGUAUCGCCUUGUAAAGGAAGCACUGCAUGAAAGAGCCAACUUGUUGGCUAUUGCCCCACACUUAUCUGCUCCUUUGCCAAUCAUGCUUCCCGUUUACAGGCAAGUGAUGUUAACUGUUCAUUGAAAUUAUUACAUGUACAGUUAAACCCUGUUAAUACAGACACUGAGGAGGCCAUAGAAAGUGUUCUUUUUUUAACAGGAUGUCCGUUUUUAGUGGGUUGAAUUUAGAGGAAAUGUAGAGGCUUUCUUGCUUUCCACAGUGACAAAGUAACUGUCCAAAAUAAUGGAGUGUCCAUCUUAAGUGGAUGUCCAUAACAUGGGAUUUCACUGUUCCUGGUAUCUUAAAUAUCACUUGAAUUUCUAAUCAUAAUCAAUUUCCAUGAAGUUAUUUUAAUGACCAGAAUUACUUUGAGUUAGCUGAAGGUUUGAGUUACUGAGAGUAAAAUUACAGUAAAUGUAUGAAGGAAAUCCAGGAGAAAUCAACUUUGGUUUGAGUUAGCGCAAGGUUCAAUUUAGUGAGAGAUUUAAGUUAGCGGGAGUCAACUACAUGUAUUUCUCACAGCAACAGUAAUAUGAUAGUCAUAUUAUAAAUAAUAUCAUAGGUGACGAAUUACUCCUUAAUUUUGGCGCAAAAUUUCAGCGUUAAUUUGUACGCUAUUUCACAUGUGAAAUUACAAAAUUUCCAUGGCAACCUUCCGUAUGUCUCAGUGUCGAGAUGGUGACGAAGUUUUAAAAUGCCAUGAAUGAAGAUGUCAGGGCACAAAAAGAUGCUUUAGAAAAACCUGAACACACAAGAGAACAUCAAGAAGGAUUCUAACAGGUAUUUUGCCGAAAUAGUCUGAAAAAUUCUGAACUUUAUAAGCCAAAUUUAAGGUCUAAACUUUUGAAAGAGUGGAGUUCUUGAUCGAUACGAUCCAGGAUAAACAUGUCAAAAAUCCAAGAUUGCUAACGUAAUUCGUCACCCAUGAUAUUAGUAGGUAAUCAAAUGGUAUACUUGUGAAAUUAGGGAAUAAUUUCACUUGCGUUUUGUCCAAAUCCUAAUAAUUUCCCUCGCCUAAAGGCUCACGAAAUUAUUAGGAUUUGGACAAAACGCACGUGAAAUUAUUCCCUAAUUUCACUCGUCCCCAUUUGAUUACACAUACUAAUAAUAUUAUUAUUUUCAUUAAAAAUUAACUUAAUUUGUACUUUUUUCAGAUGGUGGCAACUCCCUUACUUUUGGGCUGGAAUCAAAAUGUAUGACCUUGUGUCAGGUCGUCAACUUCUCAAGAGUAGCUAUGUUGUUGGAAAAAAGAAGGCUUUGGAGCUCUUUCCAAUGCUNGACCUUGUGUCAGGUCGUCAACUUCUCAAGAGUAGCUAUGUUGUUGGAAAAAAGAAGGCUUUGGAGCUCUUUCCAAUGCUUAAAAAGGACAAAUUGUGUGGAGCAAUUAUUUAUUAUGAUGGUGAGUCAUGAACCAAAUUUGAAGAUAGGGAGCUCUUAUAUAUAUGACCAGUUACAAUUUGCCUCUGAGACCAGCUUUCAACAUACACUAGCUUACAAUAGAGAUGACCUGAUUAAAGUGUACUUGUAAAUUAAGCAUGAAGUUCUGAUGGACGACACUGUUCUAUGUCCACUCCUUUUCUGGGGAGAGCACCAGAUUUUUACUUUCUCAUUUGAAUGCAGUAAAGGCCUCACUAGCCAUUUGAAGGGCAGCUGGCAGUGUGCUCUUUGUCUGUCAGUUAUUUUAAGAUUAUUUUAAGUCCCAUUGCAGAUUGAUGUAUUAAUAACUUAGCUAUCCCUGGCACGAUCAGCAAGUUCAUUUUUGAAGAGAUUAGCCAAACCCUGAAGUUUGCAUUAGGGAGGUGUACUUUGCUUCAUGCCAAGUUUACUUGCAGACAAACAAGUGAUACCCAGAUAAUCAUUGAUAUAGAACCUUAGAGAGCUUUAGAUACAGAGUUUUGCAGGCUACAGACAAGCAGGUGUUUUCAUCAUCACCUCUUAACCUUUGCUGUCUGGUAUGUAACAAUGAUCUAAAUUAUUGUUGUGAACGUAGGGCCAUUCAGGACUACAACCAUUUUGUGUGCUGAAAAGACAGAAAGAUAAAUAUACAGUACUUGUAAUUCCAAAAAGAUUUUUUCGAGAAACCUGAAUCUUCACCCAUAUGUUCCUUUGUAAUAGAAGGUUUAUUACGUGUAAUUUUCAAGGACAACAUGAUGAUGCAAGAAUGAACCUCGCUAUCGCACUUACUGCUGUCAGGCACGGGGCAUCUGUGGCCAACCACGUGGAAGUAUUGUCUCUUCUUAAAAGAAAGGGUAGGAACCAAUAGAGUAUACUAAGCACUGACACCUCCAAAAACAGUUUAUUUUGUUUUUCAUGAGUCGCAAUUUUUCCUGAGGGGAAGCCAAGAGAGUCAUAGAGUUUCUCGGGAAACAAAAUUUAUUUAUCUCCCAAGGGACCAGGGUCAUUAAGACCCCCUCCACUUAUUUUUGAAAACGGAAAUUUUUUCUCCAUUUUAACCUAAACUUCCUUCUACGCGUAAACCGCAAUUUGCGGCACCAAAAACUAUGGUUUCCCAAAAAGGUCCUCAGAGUGGACCUUUUUGAAAACGCCGGCUUCUUGUUUACGUGUGAAUGGACGGGUACAUAGGUUUUGGAAUACGGUGAUGUCAUCAUAAGGGACAGUUACUACAUUUUAAUAUGGUCGCUGUGCGACUACCUCGUGAACGGACGGAACCGUAGGUUUUCGAAUACGAUGAUGUCAUCAUAAGGAGCAGUUACUACAUUUAUACACGGUCGCCGUGCGACCACCUCGUGUGAACGGACGGAAACGUGGAUUUUCGAAUACGAUGAUGUCAUCAUAAAGAACAGUUACCACAUUUAAAUACGGUCGCUGUGCGACCACCUCCUACAAGGAAAGCUUUCGUAAACGACCACCUCCCGCAAACGACUGCGGCGACCAGUAUUCAAUUUGGGCUGAUGGUUUAAUGAUUUUCCAUUGUUUUUAACCUCUUUUAAGCGACCACUAGACGAAUUAUCUGACUCCAUGUUCGUGCUGUGUGUACUUACAGGAGGUUUGACUCUACCCUAUUUUCUGUGGCAGCCAUUAAUUAUAGCGUGUCUCCUUCCAAUCGACUUGUUCCAACCAAAAAACUAUGCAACUUUCAAUGAACGUUUUUCUGCAGAAGAAGGCAAAGAGGAUGAAGUAGUUUGUGGGGCUCACGUUCGUGACGUGAUUACUGGCGAGGAAUUUGAUGUACGAGCAAAGUGCGUUGUGAAUGCCACAGGACCCUUUACUGACGCAAUACGGAAGAUGGACGAUCCAACAGAGAGGAAUAUCUGCCAGCCAAGCUCAGGGGUGCAUAUCGUACUGCCAGAAUACUACAGGUACUGUAGGGCUGAGAAAACAGCCGACAUUCCACGACGCCAACUGGUCUCCUCGCGAAACGAGUCCAGAAAAUCCGUACUGAUGACGUGUCACUACCCAGAUCAGGGUAGUGCUUUUGAUUGGUUGAUGCAAAUUUCCUACGUGGCACGACCAAUCAGAAGCGCUACCCAGUUAUGGGUACUGACGCGUCAUCAGUGUGGAAUUUCUCAGACGUCAUUUCGCGGAGAAACCAUUGGUGACGUCUCGAAAUGUCGGCUGUUUCCUUGGACUGCAGCCGCCAGCUGUUCAAAAGGCGGAUAGCGGUCCGGAUAAAUCUCCAUCCUCUGGAUAGCGUAAUUGGUUUUCCUACGAUUCUUCGUUCUUUAAGCCAAGUAUGUACGUGAAACUAUUUACACCUCGACUGAAUAAACUUGUAUCUUAACGAUUCUAAUCGGAAUGACUCUGGAUCGAAACGACCGAUACGACCUCGCUCAAGCAUUGGAAUUAUUACACGAAAACAUUUCGACCACUUCAGUAGAAUAAAGUCAACAUGCACAUCUUUGAAGGCUUCCGAUCGUUUCGCUACAAAGUUUUUCGCCACAUUUUACAGCAUAAUAUUUCAGUUAAUCAGGUUUUAGUUUGAAAGAGAGUGCUAGUGUCAACUUAGAACUUGACGCAAGCAACUCGGAAGAAUAGCUAGCUUGACGGCCUAGCUACCACGAAUGUCUUGUAGCUAAGUGGUAGAGCAUUUGAACUGGCAACCAAAAUGUCAACUUCUGUGGAUAGAACUCGAUUUUGUUUUGUCUUUGUCCCCUGUGUCACUGACAAAAAAAUAACCAGUUCAUUCUGUUUUGAAAGAAACUAAAAUCAUGCUUUUUACUUUUAUUUUAGUCCAAAAGAUAUGGGUCUUCUGGAUCCAGCGACAAGCGAUGGACGAGUCAUCUUCUUCCUUCCUUGGGAAGGUGAGAUGUAUAAGUCUUACUGAAAGUUAGAAGACCUAGACUACGAGUAGUCCCCCAUUUUUCCUCAGGGAUAGUAGAGCGAGCGAAAGGCGAACGCGCGUGAAAAUCACCCCACGCGAGAAAAGGCGACACGCGUUCCACUCGCUCUACUAUCCCGGAGGAAAAAUGGGGGACUACUCGUAGUCUAUAGAAAGCCUUAUUAUGGGUGCCUUUUGCUGUUGUUUUUGUAUUGUUUUGUUUUACUUCCAAAAGGAAGUAGCAAGCUAUGGAAUCAUCAGUGUACUAUUGAGUUUUUUUGUUUAAUGCGUCUCGCAAAUACGAUAUUACAGCCAACCAUUAAUAUUUUAAAAUCGUUUCCUUGUCGUAUUGUAGGAAAAACAAUCGCUGGUACAACUGAUUCCCCAACAGAGCUGUCGCCCAACCCGGCCCCAAAAGAAGCCGAGAUUCAGUUUAUUCUUAGUGAAAUCAAGCAUUAUCUUACUGAAGAUUUAGAAGGUAAGAGUCCCAAACCAGUAAGCAGUUUCUCUAAGAUAUACCUGACAGGAUCCUUGCCUCCUGUGUUGGCCUUUUUUUAGAAUUCUUCACGCAUUGUGCCUUUUCAAGGUCAUACGAAAAUCGCUCUAUCAAUGCUUUGUUGCAGUUCGUCGUGGUGAUGUACAAGCGGCGUGGAGUGGUAUCCGACCUUUGGUCAUAGACCCGAACUCUAAAAAUACCGCUUCAAUCGCCCGCAAUCACCUGAUUUUGGUCAGUAAGAGUGGACUGGUAACGAUUGCUGGAGGCAAAUGGACCACCUACCGCUCCAUGGCAACAGAUACCAUGGAAGCCGCUAUUAAAGCUCGCGGGCUCCAGCCUGCUAGGAAUUGUCAGACCGACGGACUGUUCCUCGAGGGAGGAGAGGGUUAUACGUCAAAUUAUUUCAUCCGACUUGUACAGGAUUAUGGUCUUGAAGUUGAGGUUCGUCUAAUAGCCGAUUUAUAUAUACCUCAUUUGAUACUUUGAUGUAUGAAACGCCCAGAUAUUUUGUUGAUUAUUUGACUGCUUAAUAUUUAAAUUUUGCGAACUUUCCCAGUAGCUCCUCAACAAAACUGUUUUUGCUCGUGCGGUGUUUCCCUCUUGCUUAUAAUGCAGGCAUCCUGGGGGAGACGCAGAAAUACUAGAAUUUGCUAGAGUUGUUACAUCUUUUGCUUUCAAAAUCAUACAAGAACUACGGGGCGCCCUCAGUCGCUCGAAAACUAUGCCUACACUGAGUGCUAACCCUGAGCAGUGAAUGCUAAGGCCUGAGCGUGCGCACUGAUGUUUUGAUUUCCCACUCUAUCUGACCAGUCAAACUGGAUUAGUCCAUGUUGAAACUGACUUGAAUUCGAAUACUGCACUGCACUGUGUCUGCACUGGACUCCUAGUAAAGUGCACUCUGUUUUAGUUAACAGACUUGUAACCAUUGAAGGGAGAAGAGAGAUGGCGUUUUGCCGCAUGAUGCCUCGCACCUAUACAUCGUUUCGAAUGAAAAUGAUUCAUACAAAAAGGGGUCAAUUGGGGGGCAAAAGAGAACAACGAACUUUCAGUAGUAGCAAAACAAACAGUUACUGCCCCGGGUAGCCGGUUAUAUAUAGCGCGCGUUAAGAUAACAAGAUCGCGAGUGAGGAAGCUAUGAGGAGAAUUUCAGUUGGUUGAUAAAGCAGUUGGUUGAUCAACUGGUUCCAAAAAAUUGUAGUUUGCUUACCUGAGAUCGGGCUCAAUGAUCAUCAACUUGCGUACGCCGGAAAUUUGCAUACCAAGCCAGACGAAAAAAGAGCUUGUCUCAGGUUUUGUUGUUCUUUUCUGUGGGCUAAACUGGUCAAGUCUUGGUUGCUUGUUGAUGAUAAACGCGAACUUAACAUGAAUUCCAUUUCUGUUAAACAGGUUGCCAAGCAUCUCGCUCAUUCUUACGGAACUAAAGCACCGGAAGUUAUUAAACUAGCCAAAGUAACCGGAAGUCGUUGGCCAGUCUUGGGAAAGCGUCUUGUGGAUGAAUUUCCAUAUAUUGAAGCGGAAAUUCGCUACGGUGUACAGGAGUACGCAUGCACGAUAGUAGACUUCCUUGCCAGAAGAACACGACUUGCGUUUUUAAAUGCUCAAGCCGCUGCCGAUGCCAUUCCGAAGAUUGCCGACAUCAUGGCGAAGGAACUGAACUGGUCCAAGGCCAAGAAAGAGGUAAUGUUAAUAUAUUUGUGCAAAUCUGUUAAAGGGGGUGGGGCGGGGCAGCGGGGAGGAUGACUCAGCGUGCAAAGAAAGUAGUGUCCGAUAGCCCGGGUCUAGUGGAUUUCGCUAUCGGACUAGUGAAUUUUGUUUUUAACUUGCCCGACGGGCAAGUGAUGUUUUUUGAGGAAUUCGAAUAGCAGAGGAACUGUGAAAUCAAUUCUGCUAGUCAAAAGUUUUUGGGGCUAGUUGAAAUGACGUCCGGGCUACUAAAUGCUAGCUUCCGCUUGCCCGAAUGGCAAGCUGUAAAAAUGAUUUUCUUUGCACCCUGUGACUGAAGGCAAGGCAGGUAGACGUUAGGAGAAAUUUAUACUGGAUGACCUCCUUAUAUUGGGCUUCGUCUGUUCCACACGUGAAGUGGAUGGUUAAGAUUUGUGUCUUCCAUGCAAGUGAAACCUUUUCUACCGUGAUGGUCUCAAUGUGGAAAGUGCAAUCGGCGACAAAAUGAGUUUAGACACCGCAAAAGGACCUUUCUGGCGUGUUGCGGUCUUAAAAAGGGGAAAAUCAAGCUUUCCCUCCCCCUUCUCCUCCAUGCAAUGUCGCGCUGCUGUUCGAGUUAGGAGACAACAAAUAUCCCAACUUUGAAUGGAGGGGCUCGAUUCCCAGCGGGGUUCAGAUAAGAUGUUCUCUGCCUCGCGUUCUUUUCUCUUGUAUGAUCCUCAUGCAUUGAUCACCAAAGUUAUAAGUCUUCUUUAUUUUUAGGCCGAGAUCAAAGAAGCCCGCACAUUUCUCGACACUGGUAUGGGAUUGGACGUUCAUGAACACGUACGGCGCGUGGAGGUGAAUUUCAACGACGAGGAAGUCAAGCAAUACGAGAAGAUGUUUCAGAAAAUUACCAAAUCCAAGCGAGGAUGUUUGAACUCGUUUGACUUGAGAAACAUGUUGAAGGAGAUGGGAGAGGAGGUAUCUGACAAGCAACUUCAUGAGCUUAUAGCUGAAGUGGAUAUUAAUAAGAAUUCAUGUGUGGACCUGGAUGAGUUUCUACAGGUUAGUUACUGA